AUGCAGACUUAUUCUCUUUCUCAUAUACUCUUUGUGCUGACAUCAACAAUCGCAUGUGUUGAAGCAAGUAGCGCGACUCGUGGUCGCAUAGCAUCUAGUGGUUUCGGUGCACCUGGGGUUGAUGCAUCAUAUGAUUAUGUUGUAAUUGGCGGAGGUACUGCUGGCAUAACACUUGCCUCACGGCUUGCUGAAAAUUCCAACGCAUCGGUAGCAAUCAUCGAAGCAGGAGGAUUCUAUGAGGUAGACAACGGAAACUUCAGCGUCGUACCCGGCCUCGCAUUAUCUGCUCCAUUUCUGGGAACCGCGGUACCUUUUCAGCCACAGCCUCUUGUAGACUGGGGACUCGUUUCAACUGUGCAGGCUGGUGCUGGCGGUCGGCAGAUUCAUUAUGCGCAAGGCAAAACUUUGGGAGGUGGUUCAGCCUUGAAUUCUAUGGCGUUCCAUAGGGCAACCAAUGGCACAUAUCAGCGAUGGGCAGAUAUUGUGGGGGAUGAUUCCUACACUUUCGCCAAUCUGUUGCCUUAUUUCAAAAAAUCGGUCCAACUGACGCCACCCAACCUAGCAAAACGCAACACCCCUAACGCGACAACUGUAUAUGAUCCAAGCGUUUUCAGCAAAUCUGGCGGGCCCUUGCAGGUGUCCUGGGGAAACUGGGUUGAUCCUCCUUUCACGUGGUUUCAAAAAGCUUUCAAAGCAAUUGGUCUACCAAUUAGCCCAGUGAACUUCAACAGCGGCGUUCUUUCUGGAUAUGCUGCCUGGAUUCCGUCGACGAUAUCUCCAAGCGAUGCUACUCGCUCGUCCUCGCAAUCUUCUUUCCUGACUCAAUCAAUCGAAUACCCGAACCUGGUGGUUUACACCCAGGCCAGAGCAAAUCGAAUACUCUUCAAUGGCACCGUUGCAUCAGGGGUUUCUGUCGCAACACAGGGCGUCAACUUCACUAUAUCAGCCAAGAAAGAAGUUAUCCUCUCAGCGGGAGUAUUUCAUUCGCCCCAACUGUUGAUGUUAUCAGGUAUUGGACCAAGCACAACUUUGUCAAGAUAUGGAAUCCCUAUUAUAUCUGAUCUAUCUGGCGUGGGUCAGAAUUUGUGGGAUCAGAUUAUAUUUCCUGUCGUCCGGGCGAUGGAUAUUCCAACCGGAGCAGAACUAAUUACGGAACCUCAAUACUCCCAGAACACCUUGCAGCAAUAUUUGAAUCAUGCUGCUGGUCCUCUGAGCUCCGAGAACGGUUUCAUCGCAUUUGAGAAGAUACCCCAAACUCUGAGAAGUAACUUCACUUCUGCAGCACUCUCGGAUCUGGCUUCAUUCCCCUCUGAUUGGCCGGAAGUUGAAUACGUCUCGAACAGUGGAGUAGGCGUAGGCUACAUACUCGCGGCAUUGACAGCUUCUUUAUCAAGAGGCAACGUAACGAUAGCGAGUGCAGAUGCUUCUGUUCCACCAGUGAUUAAUCUGGGAUGGUUAAGCGAUCCAAACAAUACAGAUGCUCAAGUGGCUGUCGCAGCAGUAAAGCGUAUACGACAAGCUUGGUCUUCAAUUUCCGCAAUCACUAUAGGCUCCGAAUUAGUUCCUGGACCUAAUAUAACAACUGAUGCAGCUAUUCUGGAUUAUAUACGUGAAUCAACUUCAACGAUUUAUCAUGCAGCUGCGACGUGUAGCAUGGGCAAACUUGGCGCUCCGGGUGCCGUUGUCGAUUCUGAGGCUCGUGUGUUUGGUGUACAGGGGUUGCGAGUGGUGGAUAAUUCCGUGACGCCUUUUGCAGUGCCAGGGCAUCCACAAUCUACUGUAUACAUGUUAGCAGAAAAAAUUGCGGACAUUAUUCUUCGUGGAAAGUAA